CUAUAUCCCCUCAGCUGGAGCCCGUAGCGUUUAGGUUUCUUCGGCACGGGAAGACUAUGAAGGGGUUCUUUUUCUGAGAUAGUCGUAGAAAACAAUGGAGAGGUUCCUGAAGGACUUCGAUGUGGAGCCCAAGAACCCGUCGGAGGAGGCUAUGAGGAGAUGGAGAUCCGCUGUCACUAUAGUGAAGAAUCGACGUCGUAGGUUCCGCAAUAUCACGGACCUCGUCCAGCGCUCCGUGGCAGAGAGGAAGAAACUCAAAAUUCAGGAAAAGAUACGAGUUGCUCUUUAUGUCCAAAAAGCAGCAAUACAGUUCGUUGAUGCUGGUGGUCGAGCUGAAUACAAGCUAUCAGAAGAAACUAGAGAAGCAGGUUUUAGCAUUCACCCAGAUGAACUUGCAUCAAUUGUUCGUGGCCAUGAUAUUAAGGGCUUUAAAAUCCAUGGUGGAGUUGAGGGGAUUGCAAGAAAAGUCUGUGUCUCGCUGAAUCAAGGUGUCAGCACAGUGGAUUUACCUACUAGGCAAAAAAUUUAUGGAUUCAACCGUUAUACGGAGAAACCUUCCAGAUCUUUUUUGAUGUUUGUAUGGGAUGCAUUUCAGGACUUAACCCUAAUAAUCCUUACUGUUUGUGCUGUGGUAUCUAUAGGUGUAGGACUUGCCACUGAAGGGUGGCCUAAAGGCAUGUAUGAUGGUUUGGGUAUCAUUCUUAGUGUAUUCUUGGUAGUUAUGGUUACUGCUAUCAGUGACUACAAGCAGGCCUUGCAAUUCAAGGAUUUAGAUAGGGAGAAGAAAAAGAUUUUGAUCCAGGUAACUAGGGAUGGGAAAAGAAAAAAGGUUUCUAUAUAUGACUUGGUUGUUGGAGAUAUCGUUCACUUGUCCAUUGGUGAUCAAGUUCCAGCAGAUGGGGUUUAUAUAUUAGGAUACAGUUUGUUGAUUGAUGAAUCAAGCUUGUCAGGUGAGAGUGAGCCGGUGAACAUAUAUGGGGAGAAACCUUUUCUUCUUUCAGGAACUAAAGUGCAAGAUGGUUCAGGAAAGAUGUUAGUAACAGCAGUUGGUAUGAGGACCGAAUGGGGAAAGUUGAUGGAAACUCUGAUUGAGGGAGGGGAAGAUGAGACUCCACUGCAGGUGAAGCUAAAUGGUGUUGCUACACUUAUUGGUAAAAUUGGCUUGAUCGUUGCUGUGCUGACAUUUGUGGUAUUGAUAGGGAGAUAUCUGCUCGAAAAAGCACUUAACCAUGAAUUCUCAGAUUGGUCUUCAAGUGAUGCACUGACAAUUCUGAACUACUUUGCCACUGCCAUAACCAUUAUUGUUGUUGCGGUACCUGAAGGAUUGCCAUUGGCAGUGACUUUGAGCCUUGCUUUUGCAAUGAAGAAAUUAAUGGAUGAAAAGGCACUCGUGAGGCAUCUCUCUGCAUGUGAGACAAUGGGUUCCGCUAGCUGCAUUUGUACGGAUAAGACAGGGACAUUGACCACAAACCAUAUGGUUGUUGAUAAAAUAUGGAUAUCUGAAAAGUCUAUAGAGGUAAAAGGUAAUGUGAGUGAAGAUGUAUUAAAAUCAGAUUUAUCUGGGAGAGUUCUAGGCAUCCUAUUGCAGGCUAUAUUUCAAAAUACUAGCUCCACGGUGGAUAAGGAUGAAAGUGGAAGGAAUACCAUUUUUGGAACACCCACAGAAUCAGCACUCCUAGAAUUUGGCAUGCUUUUGGGUGGCAAUUUUGAUGCCCAGCACAGAGACUUUAAGAUACUUAAGGUUCAGCCUUUCAAUUCAGAUAGAAAGAAGAUGUCUGUGCUCGUGGCUCUUCCUGAUGGAGGGGUACGUGCAUUUUGCAAAGGUGCAUCUGAAAUUGUAUUAAGAAUGUGUGAUAAAGUUGUAGAUUGCAAUGGACGAUCUGUUCCUCUUCCUAAAGAACAGGCAAAGAAUGUUGCAGAUGUUAUAAAUGGCUUUGCAUCUGAAGCUCUGAGAACUCUCUGCUUGGCUUUUAUAGAUUUAGAAACUACUUCCGAUGAGAGCAGCAUCCCUGAUGAUGGUUAUACAUUGAUAGCAGUUGUUGGAAUCAAGGAUCCUGUACGCCCCGGGGUUAAAGAUGCAGUUCAAACUUGUUUAGCUGCUGGAAUAACUGUCCGCAUGGUCACUGGUGACAAUAUAAAUACUGCUAAGGCCAUUGCCAGAGAAUGUGGUAUACUCACAGAAGAUGGAGUAGCCAUAGAAGGGCCAGAAUUCCGUAGCAUGUCUCCUGAACGGAUGAAGGACAUCAUACCAAGAAUUCAGGUAAUGGCUCGGUCUUUGCCGUUGGACAAGCACAUGUUGGUGACCCAAUUGAGGAAAAUGUUUGGUGAGGUUGUUGCGGUUACUGGUGAUGGGACCAAUGAUGCUCCUGCUUUGCAUGAGGCAGACAUUGGACUUUCUAUGGGCAUAGCAGGAACAGAGGUCGCAAAAGAAAGUGCCGAUGUCAUUAUAUUGGAUGACAACUUUACGACUAUUGUAAAUGUAGCCAAAUGGGGACGUUCGGUAUAUAUAAACAUCCAAAAAUUUGUGCAGUUUCAGUUGACGGUUAAUAUUGUUGCUCUAGUGCUCAAUUUUGUUUCUGCAUGCAUCUCUGGAUCUGCUCCCCUAACAGCUGUGCAGUUGCUUUGGGUCAACAUGAUUAUGGACACUCUUGGUGCACUAGCACUGGCUACAGAACCUCCAAAUGAUGGACUUAUGAAAAGGUCCCCAGUUGGGAGGAAUGUGAGCUUCAUCACUAAGGCUAUGUGGAGAAAUAUCAUUGGUCAAAGUAUAUAUCAACUUGCUGUUCUAGGAGUUCUUAAUUUUGAUGGAAAGCAACUACUAAAACUUAGUGGUUCUGAUGCAAGUGAUACUCUCAACACUUUGAUAUUCAACGCCUUUGUCUUUUGCCAGGUGUUCAAUGAGAUAAACAGCCGGGAUAUAGAGAAAAUAAACAUAUUCCGUGGAAUGUUUAGGAGCUGGAUAUUCCUAGCAGUCAUGGUGUGUACAGUGACUUUCCAAGUAAUUAUAGUUGAGUUUCUGGGUGCGUUUGCUAGCACCGUGCCACUGAGCUGGGAACUUUGGUUACUCAGCAUCUUACUUGGAUCAGUGAGCAUACCACUUGCUGUUAUCCUAAAAUGCAUCCCUGUCGAAAGAGAUAUAACUAAGCAUCAUGAUGGUUAUGAUGCGCUCCCAACUGGUGAAGCCCUGGCUUGAGCAAAAAGGAAAGGUGAAGCAUUUAUUUUUCCUCACUCUUACUUAUAGGUAGAAUGACUGAUGACAUCUCGUGUAGGUAAUGAGCUUUUCAUUUUAAUGGCUACACUGACUAGUAGAAAGAUGACCGUGGACCUUUUGUUUUUUUCUAGAGACAAAGGAUCUUAAAAUAGGGUAGUGGUUUGAAACUAUACUCGAGCACAUUAGUCACAGUAAUGUAGUACCUUUUGCCCAGGCUCUUUCCUUGCAAAGGAAGGUCUGUUCUUUUUGUAAAUUUUCCACCAUUUCACUUCCUUUAGUUUCCUUGAGACAAAUGAAGCGGCAUUGCAUGCCAUUUUCAAA